UCCGGGAUCCGUCAUUCCACUCGCCCACCGCUCGGCGCUGCGAUGUGACUCUGAGCUCUAGAAGCAGCUCGCAGCCAACCUGCCAACACUCGCUGACACUCACUCAUCUCAGUCUGAGAUAGAGCGAAUACCUCACGGGGGAACGCCAUCGCUUCACUUGUGCGGCUCUUUCGCUUCGACUUUUGCAGCGAUAAUAAAACACGAUAGCGAUCUGGACGCAUUAAGGACACGCGGAGUUACGGGAUGAAAACGGACUAAAAAGACUCGUCCUUCUCUUGAACAUCAUCGCCGACCGUCAUUCAUUCAUUACCUUGACAACCUCUGGCUUUGAUUGACAGCUGGAGUGGCAAAAAGCCAUGAGACACGACAGUUUAGUUACAUGCAGCUUGUUGAUGGGCCGAUUGUAACCUUCACUUCUUGGGCACAAUAUUUUUUUAAACUUUAAGAAGGAAAACAAGAAAAAUUGCAAAACUCCCCUGAUGCCACGCUUUUUGCUGAGCCACACUGGCGAAUAGGACAAUUCGCAAAAAAGUUGCUUGAAAAAAGAGACUCGCUGCCUCUAAAUCUUUUCUGCGGCGGGACGGGGAUAUUAAAUAUACGACAGAUUCAGGAGUUUAUUGGAGCGCAGCCUCAUGGCGCAAAGGUACGAUGAGCUGGCCCACUACGGCGGGAUGGACGGCGUGUCCGCGUCCAUGUACGGGGACCCGCACGCGCCACGGCCGCUGCCGCAGGUCCACCACCUGAACCACGGGCCACCGCUCCACGCGAGCCAGCACUACGGAGCCCACGCGCCUCACCCCAACGUCAUGCCCACGAGCAUGGGCUCCGCUGUCAACGACGUUUUAAAGAGGGAUAAGGACCAAAUUUAUGGCCACCCUCUGUUCCCGCUGCUCGCGCUGGUCUUCGAGAAGUGCGAGCUGGCUACGUGCACUCCCCGAGAGCCGGGCGUCGCGGGCGGAGACGUCUGCUCCUCGGAUUCCUUCAACGAGGACAUCGCGGUCUUUGCUAAACAGGUCCGGGCAGAAAAACCUUUAUUUUCAUCAAAUCCAGAGUUGGACAAUUUGAUGAUACAAGCCAUACAAGUAUUACGAUUUCACCUCUUGGAAUUAGAAAAGGUGCACGAGCUCUGCGACAAUUUCUGCCACCGGUACAUCAGCUGCUUAAAAGGAAAAAUGCCAAUAGACCUAGUCAUAGAUGAAAGGGACGGCAGCUCCAAAUCCGAUCACGAAGAACUAUCUGGCUCGUCAACAAAUCUCGCCGAUCACAACCCGGCCUCGUGGAGAGACCAUGACGACGCCACCUCCACGCACUCAGCGGGCACCCCGGGGCCCUCCAGCGGGGGCCAUGCCUCCCAGAGCGGCGACAACAGCAGUGAGCAAGGAGAUGGUCUAGACAACAGCGUAGCCUCGCCCGGGACAGGAGACGACGACGACCCGGAUAAAGACAAGAAGAGGCAGAAAAAACGCGGAAUUUUCCCCAAAGUUGCAACCAACAUCAUGCGGGCGUGGUUAUUCCAACAUCUCACGCACCCUUACCCUUCUGAAGAGCAGAAGAAGCAGCUAGCUCAAGACACGGGCCUCACCAUCUUACAAGUAAACAACUGGUUCAUCAAUGCCAGGAGAAGAAUAGUACAGCCCAUGAUUGACCAGUCGAAUCGAGCAGUGAGCCAGGGAGCGGCGUACAGUCCCGAGGGCCAGCCCAUGGGCAGUUUCGUGCUGGACGGGCAGCAGCACAUGGGGAUCCGACCGGCCGGGCCUAUGAGUGGAAUGGGGAUGAAUAUGGGAAUGGAUGGGCAAUGGCACUACAUGUAACCCCUCCCGUCAUGUAAAGCAAAAAAAGGCAAAGGGGGAAGUCUGCAAGGCGUCCCGGGUAACUUUGGCCCUCACGGCGCUCCUAUGGGCAUGAGCAUGGCACCCUCCUUCACCCACCACCACCCUCCUCACCACCCCCACCCGAUGACGCCCUCUCACCCGUCGCACCUGCACCACGGGCCGCCCCUGCCCCACCACCCCCAUCACCCCGUGGCGGCCUCCUAUCUGCCCGGGCACCCCGCUCCGCCCCCUCCGCACCACCACCACCCCCACCACCCCCACCACCCCCACGCCGCCAUGCUGAUGCACGGAGGAGCAACCGCCCACCUCCACCCGCCUCCGCACCACCCGGACAUGCCCACCCAGAGGAUCCCCCUGAUGUCCCCCAUGGACCCGAGCGCCGGCGGGCAGAGCUUGGACAUCCACGCCCAGUGAUAUUCGGACAAGGGACUCGCCGGACUUAAAAAACCCUGCCCCACAAGACAAGCAGCUACUACGAAAAAAACAAAAACGUGAUUUUUUUGCUCUUUGUAAGACCAGAAUUUGACGCUCUUCGAAAUUCCAAAACGAGCUGUGACGUUUUUUUCUUUUUUACUUGUCAAGUUUGUUACUUUGAUCCAAAAACAAACGUGGACCAAGCUGACACUUUGUAAAGACUUGGGAUUUUUUGGUAAAACAUUGGUGCGGAAAAAACGAAAAAACUUACAGACAAUAGCAGACAAACUUGUUUCGCUUCCGCACCUGUUUGGGAACGUUGGAAAUCAAUCCACUCUGGAAAAAAGGACAGAAAGACUCCAAGAAUAUAACUACUGUAGUAUAAAGUAUAGAUACUAAGUUAAAACUUGUGCAUUUUUUGGGUUGGUCACUAAGUUUGUUUAUAAAGCUAGUUUUUAGAAUCUCUUCUCUCUCGGUCUCUCAUUCACUGUGUGCACUCCGGAUGUGGAGGAGAACAGCGGUCUCGCAGCACAGCAUCAUGGGAAAAAAAUUACGUUUCCGAAACACAGAGAGGGGCAAUCAGAUCCUCCCGAUCCGACGCAAAACGUAGGACACGGCGGGAACAUGGCUGCUAAAAGGACAACAAAUCACACCCGAAAUUUAAAGUUUGAAAAUUCGAUCGAUUUCUUUCUUUUUCACGAAUGAAUGUUUCCCUUUUUGUUUUGUUUUUUUUCGAAAAUCUUUGAAAACACCCAAGCACUGGAUCGUGUUGGUUUUUAUACAGGUUAAUUUUAUUGUUUUUGUACCCUCUGGACUCUCGUUGGCCGGAGCCCGUUGAAGGAAGGAAAAAAAGUGGAACUAUCCAACUAGCGCUUCUCGAAUCGUAAUUUUAAUUUUUUUUGUUUUUUUUUGGCGAGGAUCAACCUAAGUGGCCAUACGGACUUUAUAUAUUGACACUGUUGAUCCUAAGGGCACUGGAGAAGCCGUCGGUUGUCGGAUGCACCAAAAACUUAAAAAAAUCUUGGGAAAAAAAAACUUAAAUUAUGAACUCAACGCUUUUGUCGGGAAAAAGCUGAGAGAUUAUUGUAUCAAACUUCGUACAGAGUUGAGUCUAUUACUUGUUUCAUGUUAGAUAUUCUGUGUUUACCUCAAUGAAAAGAAUGUUUUUUGCUAGUUUCAGAUCUGCUGUGGCAUUGAUAUUGUCUGUCCAUGAAUUCCUUCCUUUUUCAGCACGUGUCCCUCACUAGAUGAUAAGAUGCCGUCUCCCCCCGAGCUUUGUCGAAAGUACAUGAAAUACUUGUAUGAGGAGUGUGACGUAAUGUUUCAAAGGUGUUCAGUCACAAAUGCUGUAAUAAAUAUCUCAUUUUUGGA